CAUCACGUCUUCGCGUUGAUUUGAAGCCCCCCCUCUCUAUCUCGCUCGCUCGCUCUCGGAGAUCCCUUCGCAUCAAUUUCGAAAGGGUCACCACCAGCUGAAGGAAGAUGGGCCUUUCAUUUGCCAAGCUUUUCAGCCGGCUUUUUGCCAAGAAGGAGAUGCGCAUUCUUAUGGUGGGUCUUGACGCUGCUGGUAAGACGACCAUUUUGUACAAACUCAAGCUUGGUGAGAUCGUAACCACCAUUCCCACCAUUGGGUUCAAUGUGGAGACAGUUGAAUACAAGAACAUCAGCUUCACCGUUUGGGAUGUCGGGGGUCAGGACAAGAUCCGUCCCUUGUGGAGGCACUACUUCCAAAACACACAAGGUUUGAUAUUUGUAGUGGAUAGCAAUGACAGAGACCGUGUUGUUGAGGCAAGGGAUGAACUUCACAGGAUGUUGAACGAGGAUGAACUACGUGACGCGGUGCUGCUUGUAUUUGCCAACAAGCAGGAUCUGCCAAACGCGAUGAACGCUGCCGAGAUAACUGAUAAGCUCGGCCUCCACUCUCUCCGGCAGCGUCACUGGUACAUCCAGAGCACAUGUGCUACCACUGGUGAGGGGCUCUACGAGGGUCUGGACUGGCUCUCCAACAACAUCGCUAACAAAGCCUGAGGGGUUACAUGAAUUGAGGCAAGGCCGGAGAUUUUGAGGUGAGUUGAGAAAUUUCUCUGACGCAGCGCUGAAGUAUUAUUACCAUCUUUUCUUUUUUCCUUUCCUUUGUUAAGAAAAGAAAAACAGUUUCACCCUUUUUUUUUUUUUGUGGUCUAUGAUAUUAUUAUAUGUUUGCUAAAGAAAGUGAUUUUAAUUUUGGGAUUGCGAUA